AUGCUCCCGAACAACGCCCAGCAACAGCAACCGCCAUUCGCCUCGCCCUCCUCCCCCGCAAACCCCAACGGCGGCUUCAACCUCGACCCCUCCGCCGCCGCCAAGCAGAUUGCCGCCCUCAACGCCGUCAGCCAUGCCCGCAUGGCCCAGAACCAGAACAACCCCCGCGGCGGCGCGUACCCGUCCUUAGGCGCCGGGGCGGGCGUCAUCGUCGGCGGCAGCAUGGCGGCAGGAGGAUCACAAGGCGCGCUGGCAGGCCUCGGCGGAGGAGGAGGAACAAUCUCGGGAUCUUACCCCGGCGCAUUCUCGCUCCCCGCCUCCGUCGUCCCCGGACACGAUCCUACCUCCCUCCCUCCCUCCGCCGUCGCCGCCGCCGCCACCAACAACACCACCUCCUCCCUCCUCCCCGCCUCCUCCUCCUCCUCCUCCAACAUGAACCCGAACGCGCACGCGAACGCCCACAUGAACCCCCAGAUCGCGGCGCAGUACGCCCAGCGGCGGCACGCCUUCCUCGUCAACCUCGCCAACCUGCACGCGAACGCGAACAAGCCGCUCCCGCCCGCGCUCAUCGGCGCCGCCGCUUCCGCCGCCGCCGCCGCCGGCGGCUCGACCAACCACCCGCCGUUCGACCCCGCGCUCUCGGCAUGGAAGCCCCCGCUGCUCGAUCCGACCGGCGCGCCGGGCGUCGUGCGCAUCGCCGGCAAAGAGCUCGACCUCUUCCGGCUCUGGACCAGCGUCGCCCAGCUCGGCGGCAUCCAAAAGAUACAUCAGCAAAAUGCGUGGCCGACCAUCCUCAGCUUCCUCGACGUGCCCGAGCAACACCCCCACCCGCAAACCGGCGUGCCCCAGCCCACCGCGCCCGCGCUCGUGCAGCUGUACAACGCCGUGCUCGCCCCGCUCGAAGCCCUCGUCCGCCGGCAGACCUCAGAGCGCCAAGCCAUGGUCGCCCGCCAGGGGAUGCAGCAGCAGCAGCAGCAGCAACAACAACAAGCACAACAACAGCAACAGGCGGCCUUCGCGAUGCAAGGCCGCGCCCCGCAGAUGCCGGGGUCGGGGCAGAUGCAGCUCAACAACGCCGGGGCGGGGAACAUGAUGGGCAUGUCCGCGCCCGCCGCCGCCCCUACGCCCAACCCCAACCCGACCGCGAACGUCAACGGCGCCGCGCGCUUUCCCGGCAAUAUGGCUAUCAUGCAGCCGCCGCAUCCACCGCAACAGGCGCAGGCGCGGCCGACGCCCGAGGCCGGGUCGUUCGACGACGGCGCGCACCUUAACGGCGUGAACGGACAGGUCGGAGGCGACCUGUCGGCCGAGUUGGCGAACGCGGCGAACGGGAUCGGAAUGGGGCAGGGUACGAUGAUGGGGGAAGAGGAGGGCAAGAAGCGCAAGGCGGAAGCGGACGAGGCGGACGAGAAGCGGGCGAGGCAGAAGACGGAAGCACAGGACGGCGUUAUACCAUCCGACCCCGACCAAAAACCUGCCAUCCCCGCGGCCGCCACCGCGCCACGGCCCCGGGCCAUCCCAUCGCGCCGCAAGAUCGAAUACGUGCCGAUCGGGCGCGAACCGCCCACGCACGGUGGACGCGACCUCGUCGCGCUCCGGGCAGAACAGCAGCGGAUCGCGUCCCGGCGGCCCCUGCGCGACCUGGCCGACUGGGGCGCGGUCGACAUCGGCGCGCUCGCGCUCGCGCUCCGCUCGCGGCUCGCGACCGAGCUGUCGUACGCGCUCACGACCUUCACCCUCCUCUCCGCCCUCCGCGCGCGCAACCCCGGCGAGCCUACGCCGCUCCCGCUCCAGCACUGCGGCGAGCUGCUCGACGAGACGCUCGACCUUUUAGAAGACGUCGCGUUCGAGGGCGUGCCGGACCCAGGGGUGGACGUUGCGGACGCGACGCCGGUCGCGACGCACCGCCGGCUCGUCGCGCGCGUGGUGGAAGACGGCGCGGACCCGUUCGCGGCGCUCGCGCGGCCGCAGGGGUGCAAGGACCCGGACGCGGGCCCGGUCCCGCGCCGGGGCGAGCUCGUGCUCGCGAUCACCAACCUCCUCCGGAACCUGGCCGUCAACGAGCAGAACGCGCCGGUCGUGGCGCAGCACCCGCGCCUGCUCGACGUCCUCCUCCGGCUCACGUGCCUCGCGUCCGAGUCCGAGUCCGAGGCGGAAGGAGGCCUGCGCGCGGCGUCGCCCGCGCUGUCGCUCGCGGACCUGCUCGCCGUGCGGCGCGACGCGCUGCACGUGCUCGUGAACGUCGCCGCCGCCGUCCGCUUCUCGUCCGCGGCGCAGGACGUGCGGCUCGCGCACCGCGCCGCGCGCCUGCUCGCGUCCUUCCUCGUCGACCCGGACGAGGCCGUCUCGCCGCUGCGGCUGCUCGCGCACGGCGGCGGGAGCGCGAGCGGCCCGCCGGCGACGGCCGACAUGGCGCUCGACGCGUUCGGCCGGCUCAGCCAGCCGGACGCGAACCGGGAGGUGCUCGCGAAGGCGCUUCCGGUGGGGUGGAUGUGGACGCUGCUCGGCGCGCUCACGCGCCGGCUGCCGGUGGCGGACGCCGACUUUGCGCUCGUGCUCUCGCGCGAGACGUGGCUGCUGCACGUGGAGAAGGUGGUCAUGGCGCUCUACUCGCUCGCGUACCUCGCGCCGCCCGCGCUGAAGAGGCGCGCGAAGAGGGACGCGGGGCUCGGCUUGCCCGCCGUGCUCAGGCGGUUCGUGAGGCGGGGCGUGUUGGAGGAGAACGCGACGCUGCGCGCGUGGCUCGUGAUCUCGGCCCGGCGCGCGGCCGAGGCGCUCAGGGUGAUCGACGCGGCGAGGGACGAGUUUGACGACGGGGGCGGGGAGGCGGCGCUCGCGCCGGUGCUGAGCUUUGGAGUGGGGUACGGCGAGGUCGGGGAGGGCGCCGUCGAGCGCGGGACGGGCUUGUUGGGCGGGCAUCAGGAGGAGAUGACGUGGCGGGUGAUGGUGCUUCGCGAUCUGGACGAGGUCAUGUUCGGCGAAUUGGAGAGUCUGGUGAGGGUCGAGUAA